CACAGCCCCGGCCCCACACAGCCCCGUCAUCCCAGCCCUGCCAGAGCCUCUUCUGCUCUGCCCAUUUGGGCUUAAACCACGGCAGGACUCCCCAUGGCACCCCCCUGGCCUCAGGGGCUCUGAGCAUCCCCCACACGCAGAUCUUCGGCCUCAUCCUUUACCAUGACAGCGGCACAUGGAGCCCAGACCCGACAAAAUGAGCCUGAUGGACAUCAACAAGAUGUUCUCCCUGCUGCAGCCCAGGGAUGACGAGGAGGACAGCGGGGAGAGCGAGGAGCUGAGCCGGGCGGUGUGCCAGGACGACCACGAAACGCUGGCCAGGCUGCUGUCCCAGGACAGGUACAGGAGGCUGAUCAACCGGCGGAGCGGCUGGGGCGUGCCCAGCACCCCCCUGCGCCUGGCGGCCAGCCGGGGCUGCGUGCGGAGCCUGCGGCUGCUGCUGGCCCACGGCGCCCAGGUGGACAGCCUGGACGUGAAGGCGCAGACCCCGCUCUUCGUGGCGGUCAGCAACGGGCACCGCGAGUGCGUGCGGCUGCUGCUGGAGGCCGGCGCCAGCCCCGCGGGCAGCGCCUACAACAACUGCUCGCCGCUGCUGCUGGCCGCCAGGGACGGCCACGCGGCCAUCGUGCGGCAGCUGCUGGAGCACGGCGCCGAGGCCAACGUGCGGGCCCGGCUGCCCGAGUGGGCGGCCAACUCGGUGGCCUGCUCGGGCCCGCUGUACCUGGCGGCCGCCUACGGACACCUGGAGUGCUUCCGCCUGCUGCUGCUGCACGGCGCCGACCCCGACUACAACUGCACCGAGCAGAGCGUCCUGGCGCAGAUCCGCGAGCCCAAGACCCUGCUGGAGACGUGCCUGAGGCACGGCUGCCGCAGCGACUUCAUCCGCCUGCUCAUCGACUUCGGGGCCAACGUGUACCUGCCCGCCGUGCCCGCCGGCGGGGCGGCGCCGCGCAGCGAGGGGCUGGAGCUGCUGCUGCAGGCCAGAGCUCAUCCCAAAUCCCUGCUGUCCCAAUCCCGGCUGGCCAUGAGGCGUCUCCUGAAGCAGCCUGGGCGCUUGGCCACCCUCGGAGAGCUGGAGAUCCCCACAGCCCUGGCCAAAUACCUGCAGCACCAGCCGUGAUCCCAGCCUGCCCCAGGGACACCCACUCUGAGCACCCCAAUUAAAAGCUGCCCCACCCUAGGAGUGAAUCCCUGAAAUCUGUGGAACCCCCGGGAAUUUGUGGUCACAAGUUCAUUUUUGCUGCUGAGGUGUCUCCAGAAAGCCGUGCCCAUGUGGAAAGGUGGGAAGGGGGAGAGAGAACAGGAGACCUCAGCUCCUGUUUGCAGCAAAGUGAGGAUAGAGCAGGAUCUGGUUCCCCUGGGUUUGCCUCAGACCAUCUGUACUGAGGGAUUUUACACCUUUAGCUGAUCUUGGUUGGAGAAGGGGCUGGGAAAGAGUGUGGAGGAAUUCUUGGCUGUGAGGAUGGGAAUUGUUCCCUGGGAGGGUGGGCAGGCCCUGGCACAGGGUGCCCAGAGCAGCUGUGGCUGCCCCUGGAUCCCUGGCAGUGCCCAAGGCCAGGCUGGACACUGGGGCUUGGAGCAGCCUGGGAUGGUGGGAAGUGUCCCUGCCAUGGCAGGGGUGGCACUGGGUGGGCUUUGAGGUCCCUCAUGAUUCCACGAUUCCCAGAGAAGUUCCCAAGUACCUUCUCCCUUUGGGAGGGGCAGGAUUGGGGCUGGUCCUGGCUGUGUGUGCCCACGCCAGUGGGGGCAGAGCCCAGCGCUCCCAGCUGGCAGCACAGGAGGGGCUGGGAGAGUCCCAGCAUCCCCACUGCUCUCCCUGCCCCAGCUCUGACCCUAAACAUCUUCUUCUCACCCCAAAAGUGCUUCCUGUUGUGGCUGAGGGUCUUUUGUGAUUGGGCAGGGCUGGGGUUUGGAUUAAAGGUGUUCUGUUAUUGGUAUGAAA